UUACUUAAUGAAUCACAACAGAUAAAAUGCCAUCUGAGGGAUCAAAUCGAAUGGGAAGCCGAUUUUUGAAGAAAAAUUCAAAACCUUUAAAGCCAGAGCCCUUGAACUUAAGGUUACUAGAAGAGCCGGAGGAAGAUGAUAACUUGGAUCUUUUACUCAACAGGAGGAGAGAAAUUGUUAAGGUUAGCCUCACUGGUCUUGGGGACGUCGAAGGUAAAGAAGACAUUGCUGUCCUUGAUCGAGUGAACAAAUUUCUUCUGACCCCCGAGAAAGCACCUGUCAACACAUCAAAGAGAUCGUUGACAUUGGAUUCUGACAUUUGUACACAAAGAGAAAAUGGGAUGAAUUUUCUAAACAAGAGUCAUGUGGACGAUUCUCUAGAGAAUCUUAAAGAUCAAACUCCCAGCUUCAAAGACUCUGAUCUAACAAAAAUGCCAGGCAAGGAAAAAACAAAGAAGGAACGAGGAAAACAUGGAAAGGAUGCCAGUCCAGAGGAACCUUCCAAAGGAUUUUAUCCAUCUCUGGGCCACUGUCUCCACAAAGUUAUCUACGUGAAAGAGGCUGUUGAUAAACUAGAUACACUGCAUAUGGCGCCGACUCUAGUUGUCAAGUCUAUCGAAGACGCUGAUCAUUUCAAAGAACACUAUAAUAAUGACACCUUCAACUGGAGAAGAGACAUUCCAGUUUGUGUAAGUGAUGAUGAAAACAGCGAAGUUUUUGAUUUCCAUGUGAGAUCCGGCUCUAACAAAAUAAGUCUGGGGGGAUAUAAGCAGGCAGAUCCCCCCUCUCUGAUGGGAUGCAGUCCAGUUAGCGAUUCCUCCUCCAGUGACAGUUCCCAGUCAAAAAAUACAAAAUAUGUCGUCAUCCAGGGAGAGAGGAAUCGAUUAACCCCAAUGCCUCAGCCACUGAGUAACAAACAGAAGAAAUCACGGUCUAAUGGUUCACGUGACAUCAAAAAAGGCUAUUUUGCUGUCAAGGAGGAUCAUGUUCCAUACACAAAGGACAUCGAUAAAAUACUUUCUAAAAAUUGUCGCAUUUUUAGUGCUCCUUAUCACUAAAUGUUUUGUGUAACCAAAUGCAUAUAGCACGGAUAUUGUAAAAGUUUCUGUAAUGAAAAAAAAGUUUUAAUUAUUAAAUUGAAAUGCACUUGA